AAAUCCAUACAAUUUUGUUUUCCAAAUCCAUCCACGUCAUUAAUUCUUCAAAAUCCUAAUCCAAAAUCCUCGUCGUCUAUUUCUCACUUCCAUACUCCUUCAAAACCCUAACCCAAAAUCCAAGAAUGGAGGAAACUUUCCCACAGCAUAUCCUCACCGAAAUACUAGUCAGACUUCCGGUCGAGUGUCUCUUCCGCUUCAGGUCCGUAUCAAAGUCAUGGUGUGCUCUAAUCGACGGCCCAAUUUUCAUCAAAACACAUUUGAAAAACUCAUUGCAAACUAAAUCCACUCUCAGUCUCAUUUUAACAGAUCCCAAUCCCGAUUUCCUCUACUGGGCAAGCUUCGAUUCUCUCAGCAAUGCACUGCAAGGCAAUGCUUUAACCUUCCAUGAACUUGAUUACCCUUUCAAAGGUACUUUUAAUGCUAAUUCUCCUAAUAUUAGGAUUGUGGGUUCUUGUAAUGGCUUGUUAUGCUUUGGAAAUGCUACUGGGGGGACUUUGUUAAUGAACCCAUUCACUAGGAAGCACUAUGUUUUACCCUAUCUGAUCAUGGAUGCUAAUGUUAAAGUUAAGGGGAAAUCGAUUUGGGGUGCUUGGGCUUUUGGAUUUGGGUAUGAUUCUGUUAAUGAUGAUUAUAAAGUGGUUAGGUUAGGUCAGUAUGCUGGUUUGGUUGAGCCGUACUUUGACACUGAGACUAUGGUUUAUAGUCAUAAAUUGAAUUCGUGGAAGAACAUUCCGGGAAUGUCGUAUGUUCUCGGAAGUGAUCAAAAGAUGGGUUUGCUUGUUGGUGAUUCUUUGCAUUGGCUAGUGGCUCGAAAUAAGAUUUUGCAAAAUCCCGACCUGAUUGUUGCUUUUGAUCUGGGGGUUGAGAAGUUCAGGGAGGUUCCUGGGCCUGAGCUUGCUGUAGGGGGUCAGAAUCCUUUACUCAGUUUAGGAGCUGUAGAGAAAUGGCUAUCUGUAUAUGCUAUCUACAAAGUUGGUCGUCUUGAUAUUUGGGCUAUGAAGGAAUAUGGAGUUAAGGGUUCUUGGACUAGAAUGUUUUCAUUCACACCAAAUGUAGUGCCAUCUUUGAAAUGUACGAGAACAUUAGUUUUCUCAAAGAGCGGUGAUGAAAUUUUACUUGGGCUGCUGGAUAAGAAUUUACUCUGGUACAGUGUAAAAGAAAAGUCUGUCAAAAAGGUGGAGAUUCAUACUGUGGUGGAUCCCUUUACAGUUGAAGUAUUCUCUGGAAGCCUUGUUCCUCUUAAUGUUAAUGUUAAGAAAGAAACUACUGCGAAGAAGGCUCGGCCACGAAAGGGAAGGAAGAAUAGGGAUGAGUUCCUAUCAAAGGACUUCAAGUUGAUUUUAUAAGUAAAUUGAUCAGACAAGCAUUGACUGUAGAGUAGGCCUGAAAUUGGUAGGAUGAAGCUGUAGUUGGUCGCAUGAAGGAGGGUCAACUUUUUGCAUUUUAAAAGCAGUGUUAUAUUUAAAUAUCUGUUUUUAAAUAGGUAUAUUCUUACUUUCUUGUUACUUUCAUAGGAUGUAUUAAAAGUAACGGUUAAAAAUUGGUAUAUUCUGUAGCUGGAUUUGAACUUUUCUUGUUUCUAUUAUGUUGCUUUACUCACCUAUGCCAUUUGGGAUAUGUAUGAUUACUCUGGUGUUGGAGUUAUACGAUAUGAUAUUGGAGGUAUGCAUUA